CCAUCAUAUCAUAUCCCAAUUCACGCCAGAAGCCACAAGAAAACAAGAUGAGAAUUCCAUUCUUGGUCCUCAUCACCAUCCUCCUCCUCUCUCUCCAAGUCCAAUGUAAUGCUUCCUCGUUUGGAAGAGACAAGGAGACCAACAUCCUCUUCUACCUCCACAACAUCCAUGCCGAGAAGGAUUCAUCCUCAGUCCUUGUCGCACAAAAUACCAAUGCCACGGCCCAUCCUCGUGGCUUCGUGCCAUUUAGCUAUGUGUACGUGUUUGACGAUGUGAUCACUGACGGGCCUGCGAUUACAUCUAAGGUGAUUGGAAAUGCACAGGGCACGUACAUCGGAACAUCAAAAGAUGGGUACACGAUUUUGAUGGCCAUCGACGUCGAGAUCACACAUGGCCCAUUCAACGGAAGCUCGUUUGUAUUGUUCUCAAGAAACCCGUUGAGAUCAACCAGGGAGCUCCCUGUUAUUGGAGGUCGUGGUGCAUUCCGGAUGGCCCAAGGGUACGGCAUGCUCCGGACGGUGUGUGUUCAUUGUCUCAACUCUGUGAACCCUCCAAAAGGUGAUGUCAUAGAGUACAAUGUGACUCUCUGGCACCAUUAGUUGAGUUUAUGUAUUUUGGGUCUUUGUAGCGCAAUAACGAUAAUAUAAUGGAUGGUUGAGUUUUCUAGUUA